GUGGCUGCAAAACCCUCCAUCGUCAAUCGGUGGAGACGCAUUCUCGCCGGCCAUGGUAUGUGAACGAAAUGACGAUUAGCUCCUUACGUCUAGUACGUGUCUCAGUCUGAUUAGUGUUAGCAGGUUCCAUCAUUCACAUUUCAUGACUUUCGCUUUCUUGUAUGGAAACAGAGAUAUUCCAGAACUCUAUGCCAAACUUCUACGCAAACACCUCUCCAUCUUUAUUUCUUCUCCAUUGAAGAAAUCACGAGAAUUGGAUAAAUUCCGCUAAAGUUAGGCAACCGUCAAUAAUCGAGCGAAAAAUGGCAAUCCUUCUCUCUACUGCUGCUGCUACUAUAGCCAAUUCUGUAACGGCAAUUUCAAUUGGUAGCAGGAUCAACGAUAGAAGCCUUUGUUUCUCGCACCCAAAAACUCUCAACAGCCAAAGCCGACACAAAAGAAUAAAGGGUGUCUCUCCUCUACGAGUGGCAGCACCCCCGUCAGUAUCUACGUCAGAUCAAGAACAAAAGGACCCAAUUCAAGGACAAGUACAAGAGCACAGUAGUAUUGUUGAUGAUGAGUUUGGUGAAGAGAGUAGUGACUCAAAGUUUUUGUGGAGGGAUCACUGGUACCCGGUUUCCUUGGUGGAGGAUCUGGACCCUCAAUUGCCCACGCCGUUUCAGCUUCUUGGUCGAGAUAUUGUAAUUUGGUUUGAUAAGGCCAACUCCCAAUGGGUUGCCUUUGAUGACAAAUGCCCGCACAGGCUCGCGCCUUUAUCUGAGGGACGGAUUGAUGAAAAUGGGCACUUGCAAUGUUCAUACCACGGAUGGUCUUUUGAUGGGUGUGGAUCUUGUACUCGGAUUCCUCAGGCAUUUCCAGAAGGGCCUGAAGCACGAGCAGUUCAGUCUCCUAGAGCCUGUGCUACUAGAUUUCCAACAAUGGUGUCUCAAGGUCUUCUCUUUGUUUGGCCAGAUGAGAAUGGCUGGGAGAAAGCCAAUGCCACUAAGCCCCCUAUGUUGCCUGAUGACUUUGGAAAUCCCGAAUUCUCAACAGUGACAAUUCAGCGAGAUCUGUUUUAUGGCUAUGAUACACUCAUGGAGAAUGUAUCUGACCCUUCUCAUAUUGAUUUUGCUCAUCACAAGGUAACUGGAAGGAGAGAGAGAGCUAAGCCUUUGCCAUUUAAGUUGUCAUCUAGUGGUCCUUGGGGAUUUGCUGGAGCAAAUGAAGGGAACCCAAAAAUCAGUGCCAAAUUUGUUGCACCUUGUUAUUACAUAAAUAAAGUUGAGAUAGACACAAAACUUCCUCUAGUUGGAGAUCAGAAAUGGGUAAUAUGGAUUUGUUCCUUUAAUGUACCAAUGGCCCCAGGGAAGACUCGUUCUAUUGUCUGUAGUGCUCGGAAUUUCUUCCAAUUCACAAUGCCUGGGCCUUCCUGGUGGCAGGUGGUUCCUAGAUGGCAUGAGCAUUGGACUUCAAAUAAAGUUUAUGAUGGGGAUAUGAUUGUCCUCCAAGGUCAAGAGAAAACCUUUCUUUCCAGUGCAAGGGAUGGCUCCACUGAUGUCAAUAAGGAGUACACUAAACUAACGUUCACGCCCACACAGGCAGAUCGCUUUGUCUUGGCUUUUAGGAAUUGGCUUAGGCGACAUGGCAACAGCCAACCUGAGUGGUUUGGCUUUAGCAACCUAUCACCUUUGCCAUCAACAGUCUUAUCAAAACGCCAGAUGUUGGAUAGAUUUGAGCAGCAUACACUCAAUUGUUCAUCUUGUAGAGGAGCUUAUACAGCAUUCCAGACCGGGCAAAAGCUCCUAAUUGGCACAACUAUACUUUUCUGUGCUACAUGUGGGAUCCCUUCAGAUAUGCAACUGCGGAUUGUUCUAGCUGUAAUGGCUCUAGCAAGUGCUGGUUUGGCUUAUGCUCUGCAUGAACUCCAGAAGAAUUUUGCUUUUGUUGAUUAUGUACAUGCUGAAAUAGAAUGAAUAGAAAGAGAAGUGGAUAUCAUCUUGGACUUUAUUGAUACUUGAUUAGGUGAGAUAUUAUUGUACAGUUUUCACAAAGUUAAUUGCCAAGUCAAUUUCCAUGAGGUAUAA